GUUCCAAUUUUGUCUAAUGUCUCUUACGUUUGUACUAUUUUUUGUGAUGGAAUUUUUUCAAGUUGUUCGACUUCGAACAGAAAGUUUUGAUGAAAGGUGAAAAGUAAAGUUAUCGAUAGGUUAUGAUUAAUUUGUUCAAAAUUGUUCAGUUCAUGAAAUUUUUCUGAAACAUUCAAGAUGACUGUUUUGUUGAGCUGUAAUAUGUCACGUUUCUAAGAUAUGGAAUUAUCUGAGAACUCGGAAGCUGAUUGUAUGAAUGAAAGCAAGGGCAACGAAAAUAAAAAGGACAACUUGUCGAGAACUGGAGUUGAUAUUUUGGAGAGAACUGGUGCUUUAAAACCUGAUCAAUUCCCAAAAUUCAAUCACUUUGUCAAAUCAAACACAAAGAAAUCUAUUUCUUGUGUGGAAAGUAUUGCUCAUUCGCAUUCAGAGAGUAAAACGAAGAAGAGAGAAUUUUCUGGUGAAAUGGAAUCAAACUCUGAGGAAACAUCCCAUAAAGUUAUGAAAUUAUUUGACUUUGAUGAUGCUUCAAAUAAUAUAUGUUCUCUUGAAUCGAAGAUGAAUGCUGGAAGUUCAUCUGAAGGAAAAAACGAGGAUUCAUUAAAAGAAAACGAGAAAAUGUUAUCUGAAGAAAAAGGUGAAAAUUCAUGCGACGAAAAAAAAGAAAAUUCAUCUGAAGAAAAGAAUGAAAAUUCAGCCGAAGAAAAUAAUGAAAAUUCAGCUGAGGAAAGGAAUGGGAAUUCAUCUGAAGGAGAAAACGAAGAACAAGCGUCAUCUUCCACUGAUGGUUGUGCUCAAACCACCGCUAAUGUCGUCUCAGGAGAUUCAAUUUCCGUAGAUUGUGAACCUGUUCCGAGCACUUCUGAAGGUGAAAAAUCAUCUAAGAAUAAGCCAUCGUCAAGUGCAUCCAAAUCGUGCAAGGAGAAAAUGAAUCCUUUUAAUUUAAAUCUCGGAAGGAAAAAAAGAAUGAGUCUAGAAUUUAGCGAUGAUGAUAGUUCAGAAGAUACUAGUAGCUGUGAUAGUUCAAGCUCCUCAAGUGAUUUUCUCAGUGAGAAUGAUGAUAAUUUCGGUUUAGUAACUCACGAAGGAAUCAAUAGUGAGGAUGAACAGAAUUCUGAAACUGACGAUGAUACACCACCACCUGUGCUAAAAAAAACUCUGCCUGCUGAUAAAUUUUCUUUUCCAAAAGAAAUCUUGCUCAGACAAAUCAAUAGUGGAGAUGGUAAACGAAGGCAUUGCUCAAAUUUCGAGAGUAAAGCUUAUGGAUCCCGAAGAAUGGUUCAGCGUUUAGAAUUGUUCAAAUCUUUGAAAAAACACCAUGGUUGCGUAAACACUCUCAGCUUCAAUGAUAUCGGAAAUAUAUUGAUCAGUGCAUCUGACGAUAAACACGUUAGUUUGUGGAAUUGGGCUGAAAACAAAAAUCUGUUACAUUUUGAUAGUGGCCAUACCGCCAAUGUCUUUCAAGCAAAAUUUGUACCAAACAGCAAUGAUAGAACGUUAAUUAGCUGUGGUCAAGACAAGCAAGUUAGACAAUGUCUACUCGAUGGAUGCGGUCUGAAAAGUACCUCAAAGAUAACGAAACACGAGAAACCGGUUCACAAGAUAGCUAUGCAACCACAAAUGCCAGAUUCAUUUCUCACUGCUGGAGAAGAUGGAGUUGUUUAUUCUAUUGAUCUCAGAGACAGCGAUACGUUUAAUUCCAAAUUUUUAAAAGUUCACGGACAUCGCCUGAAUCCGAUGGCUACCAUCUGUUUGUAUAGUAUACACUGUAAUCCAGUUAAAAAUUAUGAAUUCAUCGUAGGUGGAAGUUGCGAUAAAGUUCGUCUUUACGACCAAAGAAACAUUUCAUCGAAAAGACAGAAACCCGUGAAAGAAUUUCGCGUGGGCUGUGAUUCCACAGAUCAAGAAGAAACGUUGACAACAGUAACGUGUGCUGUGUAUAACCACAAUGGCACAGAAAUCCUUGCAUCGUACAACGAUAACGAUGUAUUUUUAUUCAAUUCUAAUGAUCCUUCCAAAUAUGCAUUCCGUUACGACGGACAUCGUAAUAUCACCACAAUUAAAGGAGUGAAUUUCUUUGGGCCUCGGAGCGAAUUUGUGGUUUCAGGAUCUGACUGUGGUUACAUAUACAUUUGGGAUAAAAAAUCUGAAGCGGUUGUACAGUGGAUGAAAGGGGAUAAAGAUAUUGUCAAUUGUUUGGAACCUCAUCCUUCAUUUCCUGUACUAGCUACUAGUGGAUUAGAUUCCGAUGUAAAAAUAUGGAUGCCGUUAUCGACGGAAUGUGAAGAUAUUCCUAGCAAGAAAGAAUUUCAAAAAGUCGUGAAAAAGAAUUUGUAUUAUAAACGUAAUAACACAUUUACUACUAGUGAUCAAGCGCAAGUUGAUUUCUUUUAUUUUCUGUUUAGUGCCAGGCGAGCUUGAUUACUUUCUGUACCAAAGCAUACCUGUAUUCAUCUACGUAUACCAAUAUUUUUACUUCUUUUUUUUGUAAUUCGUGUAUUAUGUUGUUUUUUUGUAAAAAUUAAAUGUGCUUUGUCGAGCACGCGUAGAGCUUGGCAUACUGUUUUUUCAAACAACUCGUCGUAGUCAAGUUUGAAAUGUCAACUUUUUUUUGUAUAAAAUAAAGAUGUAUCGUUACUGAA